AUGUGCGACGCGAGAGCCACUGUGAGUUCGGAGAGAGGCAAGGGGCGGGCGAAGGGUGGAGGGCAAGAGAGGAUUGCGGAGGGACGGGCGGAAGGGAGGAGCGCGGGGAGGGACGGGGAGAGGGGGGAAGAGGGAGGUGAGAGGGGAGGGGGAGGGGUGAAGGAAAUGUUUGUGAAAGAGUGCCCGAAGCAGCACGGGGGGGUGGAGGAGGCGAGGGGCGGGUUGGGCGGCAUGGAGGAGGGGAUGGUGCAGCUGCAGCAGCGGCUGAGGUCUGCGGAGGCCAAGGCGGAAGAGGUGCUGCUGGUGAAGCAGGAGUGCGGAUGGCAACAAAAGGGUGGCACAGUGGACGGGCGAGGUGAAGCUGGGGGGGGGGGGGAGGGGAGGAGCGCAGUGCAGUGCGCGCAGGGAGGCUGCCACAGCUCUGCACAAUUCCCUUUCGCCCCACCUGCCCUUCACUUAUCUUGUCCCCUCUCCUUCCUCCGCCCCUCCCCUUCCCCUUCGCCAUGUCCUCCCAUCCAACCCCAGCUACUAGUGGACCUGGAUCGCCAGCGCAAUGCAGGCAGGGAGGCCAUCACAGCGCUCAAGAAGCAUGCCAGGGGGGCGGCUGCCAGGAGAGCAGGGGGGCGCAGGGAGGCGGGCUCUGGGGGAGGUUCUGCUGGGGGAGGUGUAUCGGCAGAGGCGCACCGGCCACUUGUUACCCCCCUGCCUGCGGUGCCAGUUGGCACGUCAGGAUUGGAUGGGAGUUCAGAGUGUGCGGUGUGUGGGGCGGUGGGGCAGAAGGAGCGAGUGUGGGUGGCGAUGGGCGGAGGGGAGAUGUUUGUGCGCUUGCCCCUGCACCAUGCGCACGUGCAUGUGAAGCGAGCCAUUGACCCCAUUGACCCUCAUUUCCCCCAUCCCCCAUCAGGCAUUGACCCCCUUUUCCCUCUCUGUGUCCCCCACUGCCCCGUCCUUCCAGCUGUUGACCGCAUUGACGUGCAGAUGGAGGAGGGGAGGGAGAAGCAGAAGGCGGCAGUGAGGCAGCUCACAGAGGAGGGCGGGCUGGCAGGCCGGGUUGGCGAGGGCAUAGUGCAUGCCUUGACCACGCUGAAGGAUGCCGGUAAAUAG